UUCACGAUGGAUACGAUGAGCGACGACGGUAUCUGAAAUGAAUUACAUUUUGAUUACAUCGUUGAUUAUUCGUGAAACUAUUGACUGACCAAAUGUAUAUGUACACAUUGAUACGAACAGCACAGUAAUCUCAUUCAUGAGUGGAACCUUCUUCUCGUAAAAGCAAAACACAAAAACCAAAUGCUGGUCGCCCCAAUAAUUUACCGGAAGAAGAAAUGAAGUGGAAAUACGGACAGAACGAGAGGAAUGUCAAAAUGAAAUGUCAAAUUUCUCAUCUCAAACAAAUAUUUGUUUAAGGUUUCGAGAAAAUGCAGAUACACCUCAACGAGCACUAGGUGGCGGUGUGCGUUUCAUAAUGUUCACCCAGCCGCCAAUACAUAACAGAAGAAGAAGAUGGCGCCACUGUGUUCCGGGCAGCACUGUGUUCGGACGCUGUAAAAUACUUAAAUCAGGACCAUCUGCACGUUUCUCAGACGCUGGCUGGUGAUAGUGUGAGUCUCCAAGCAUCACAUGGAGCUGAGUGGACGUCAGGAGAAAUGUUGGGUUUGUGGAGAGACCUUCGGCAACAUAGCACUCUUGAAGACACACUACAAAAGCCACAUCAACAACAACACUUGCCACAUCUGCAACGUGACCUUGGAGUGCCAGAACUCACUCUCCACACACUUGGUGAAUGUCCACUCCCCGCCGUUUUGUGAGCACUGCCAUCAAUCGUUUGCUGACGUGUGGGAGUUGAACAAACACGCAGAGACGUCCUCUUUGUUCAACAACCAUUCUGAGGAGGUGAUUAAAGCGGACACUCCAGGGAGGCAAUGGAAUGACAGAGCUCGAAAACAUCCUGAUGCAGAGCAAACCGCUGCCUCUGGUGUGGACUAUGUGGUCAGGGAAGAUUCUCAGGAUGGUUUGCCAUCGAAGGAGCUGCUGGAAGGAGAGUCAGACAAUGACUCUGACUCCAGUUCAACUGAUCACUCCAGCGAUUCAUCGAAGAGUCUGCCUUCUAGAAAAAGCCGUUCAACCGUCUUCAGUAACUCAUUUUGCAAAGUGUGUGGAAAAGGGCCUUUCAAAUUUGUCAAGCUCCAUCGACGCCACUGUACGGGGGCCAAGGUUGAACAUCGAUGUUUACUCUGCAACGCAACCUUUGAAACCUCCUUAGCUCUGAAUGAACACUACCUUCCUUUGUAUUCCUGUGAGAUCUGCGGUCAGAUUUUCUCUCACCAGACUUUGUACCGACAUCACAAAUGUCCGAAAAGGAGCGGCACAGGACGUGUCCUGUUUUGUUCAACGGUGAUGCCUAUUGCUUGUAAGAUCUGCAAAUGUUUCUUCACCAGCGAGGCACAUUUGUCGAACCACAUCACGGCAGCUCACUCGUCACUGGUCCGCACCAAGGUGUGCAUCAUCAAGGGCCACUCGGGACACAGUGACAAAAGCAUUCUGUUGACGUCUCAGCAGCUUCCCUCCACUUACAGUCCUGCCGUUAAGAUCAACAAUGGAGGAAUUGAUGGGAAUGAAACCAAUGGCAAACCCUUCAAAAAUUCAAGGCCCAGCUCUUCCUCUUCGCCUUUCAACGGAAGCCGGCAUCUGUCCGCUGAGCUGCCCUUCAAAGGCGUCAGUUCAGGUAAACCUGCCGCUGCAAACACGUCGUCCAAUCACCUUGUUUCUUCUGUGUCUCAGGCUGCAGCGGCAGUCCCUCACACAGGCCGCGCGCCAGCUAUUCUGGCUCUGUUUGAGAAUUACAGCAAGGAGCUCGCUCUGAGGCAGCGCUUGAACAUGGAUUGGCGCUUGAAACCGUGCUACCGCUGCCACCUGUGCUGUGCCACGGUCAGACAACGCUCCUUCCUCAUCCUCCACCGUUACCGCCACAGAGGCAAGCGCCUGCACCACUGCCACUGCGGCCGCAGAUUCGCUCAGCGCCUGUACCUGCUGCGCCACUGUGUCCAGCAUGCCGAGGCUGUGGACUACAUUUGUGCGAGCUGUGGAAAGACAUUCACCGGAUCCAAACGCUUAGCAAAACAUUUACGUUGCAGAAAGUUGCUGGAGGACACCAAACCUAACGGUUACCACAAGAGGAGGUGUGAAAUGUCAUUCACCUGCGACUGUGGACUGACUUUUUUGAGACCUUCUGCAUACAUUUGGCAUCACAUUCAAAAACACAUGGACACCAGACAUUUGAGAAAACGCCUAAAGUAGUUUUAAGGUGUCGUGGAUCUUGCUACUUUCUCAUGUUUAUCAGAUCGAAGCCUGCGAAACGCCUUUCUGCCGCAUGCCCUCCAGUGUUCGUGUGCGGUUUUCCAGAGCACAGCUGAAAAAAAAUAUCGUUUUAACUUUAAACUGGUUAUGUAGUUUGUACUCCACAAGAUGACGCUGUUCUGUUUUCAUGUAUACAAUUCCUAGUGAUGGCCGAGUGAAGUUUCGUGAAACAGUGUCCUUAUUUUAGUAGCCUACUAGGUAGCACUCUCUGAUCAUACAUUUUUGGAUUUGCUAUUUGCUCAUUUCAAUAAAAUCGUAUCUGUUUUCAAACCGAGAGCGCCACCUACUGAAGACUGAAAUUGAGGACGCUGCUUCAUGAAGCCUCAUCAGCCCAUCAGUAACAAUUCCUGCUUCAAAUUCUGACUUGUAUCUUUGUUAGCACCCAAUGUAUUUGAAAAUAAAGACUUUUGC